AACUACACAAACUUCGAGUGCGUCUGCCCGGCAGGCUACUCCGGUGAUUUAUGUAACACGCAGUAUUUAACUGAAGAAAGAUUGGUGAAACUUGAGGAAACAUUGCAACAGCUGACAACAAGACUAGAACAAAGUGAAGAACAAAUUAGGAAUCAGGGAGUUCAAAUCAAGAAUCAGGAGGCUUUGAUAAAGGCUCGGGAUGCUAAGAUCAAGACUCAGGAUGCCGAAAUCAAGGAUCAAGAUGCUCAGAUCAAGAAUCUAGAUAUUCAGUUCAAAAAUCAGGAGGCUCAGAUAACACGUCAAGAUACUCAGAUCAAGGCGCAGGGUGCUCAGAUCAAGAAUCACAAGGCUCAGAUCAAGAAUCUAGAUGCUCAGUUCAAGAAUCACGAGGCUCAGAUCAAGACCCAGGAUGCUCAGAACAAGAAUCAGGAUGCUCAGAUUAAGAAUCAGGAUUCUCAGAUCAAGAAUCAGGAUGCCCAGAUUAAGAAUCUGGAUGCUCAGAAUAAGAAUCAGGAUGCUCAGAUUAAGAAUCAAGAUGCUCAGAUCAAGAAUCAGGAUGCCCAGAACAAGAAUCAGGAUUCUCAGAUUAAGAAUCAGGAUGCCCAGAUCAAGAAUCAGGAUGUUCAGAUAAGGGAGCUACAAUCCCGUCCCACAGGAUCUUGGAAAUUCUAUCGUGCAAAUGAAGUUCUUAAUCAACUCGAGAAGAUGCAAUUAAAUGCACAAACACCAACAUACACACAAAGGCUGCGAAUUGACCUUCCCACAAACACCAAAGCCAUUCUCAUUUCAAUAUAUUGCCAUUUCUACAACCACCAGGGUCACGCAUAUUUGAAUUACGUCGCUUACCAGAAGAACAACGACAACGCACGUGGCACAGCAGAAGGUUACAACACUCAUUACGAUGUCUACGCCAACACAUUUUAUUACGAACAAAUGAUUCCUUGGAACACCACCCUUCCCAAAGAGUUGGUCUUCAGGGUGACAUAUUCCUCCCUCACUGGUGGCAGACGUAACUGGUAUCGCGUGCGUUUGGUUGGUUACGUCACUGCGCCGUGAAAUGAAACAAAUAUUUGAUGACUGAAGUUUGAAGC